AUGUCAAGCACUUGGCACACUGGCAGGCAAGCUCAGAGCUCUGCUGCUGCUCCUUAGCGAUUCUUAUUUGGGGUUUCUCUCUCUAGCGUUGGAUAACUGCCCGUCUUGAAGAAGACCUCCCUGCCCUCCUGCCUCUCUCCCCUAGAGCGCUGCUGCUCCCCAUCCUCCCUGCCCUUCCUGCUGUGUCUGUGGGGAGCUGAUCUCCUCAGUCUCCCUGCUUUCUCCUGUCUGCUGUCACCACCCCACCACCAUGCACUCCCUUCCUGGCUGGUGGUCCUGCUGCUGUCUGCUCCUGCUAUGCUCCUUGGGAGUCCAGGGGUCCCCGAGGGCCUCCAGCGCUGCGCCAGAGCAAGUCCAUCUGUCUUACCCAGGUGAGCCAGGCUCCAUGACUGUCACCUGGACCACAUGGGUCCCAACCCGCUCUGAAGUGCAAUUCGGGUUGCAGCCGUCAGGGCCCCUGCCCCUCCGCGCCCAGGGCACCUUUGUCCCCUUUGUGGACGGGGGCAUUCUCCGGAGGAAGCUCUACAUACACCGAGUCACGCUGCGCAAGCUGCUGCCGGGGGUUCAGUACGUUUAUCGUUGUGGCAGUGCCCAGGGCUGGAGCCGUCGGUUCCGCUUCAGGGCCUUCAAGAAUGGGGCCCACUGGAGCCCCCGUCUAGCUGUGUUUGGGGAUCUGGGGGCUGACAACCCGAAGGCCUUCCCGCGGCUGCGCAGGGACACCCAGCAGGGCAUGUAUGAUGCCAUUCUCCACGUGGGAGAUUUUGCCUACAACAUGGACCAGGACAAUGCCCGUGUCGGGGAUAGGUUCAUGCGGCUCAUUGAACCCGUGGCUGCCAGCCUGCCGUACAUGACAUGCCCUGGGAAUCACGAAGAACGCUACAACUUCUCUAACUACAAGGCUCGCUUCAGCAUGCCGGGGGAUAAUGAGGGCCUGUGGUACAGCUGGGAUCUGGGUCCCGCCCACAUCAUCUCCUUCUCCACCGAGGUCUAUUUCUUUCUCCAUUAUGGCCGCCAGCUGGUACAGAGGCAGUUUCGCUGGCUGGAGAGCGACCUCCAGAAAGCCAAUAGGAACCGGGCAGCCCGGCCCUGGAUCAUCACCAUGGGGCACCGGCCCAUGUACUGCUCCAACGCAGAUCUGGACGACUGCACACGGCAUGAGAGCAAGGUCCGCAAAGGCCUCCGAGGCAAGCUGUACGGGUUGGAGGAUCUUUUCUACAAACAUGGGGUGGACUUGCAGCUGUGGGCUCAUGAGCACUCGUACGAACGACUGUGGCCAAUUUACAACUACCAGGUAUUUAACGGUAGCCAAGAGAUGCCCUACACCAACCCGCGGGGCCCUGUCCACAUCAUCACAGGAUCUGCCGGCUGUGAGGAGCGGCUGACGCCCUUUGCUGUCUUCCCAAGGCCCUGGAGUGCCGUGCGUGUGAAGGAGUAUGGGUACACACGACUGCACAUCCUCAACGGGACCCACAUCCACGUCCAGCAGGUGUCGGACGACCAGGAUGGGAAGAUUGUAGAUGACGUCUGGGUGGUGAGACCCCUGUUUCGCCGGCGGACGUACCUCUAGGGAUGGGAGCCGCUCUCCUCCAGAAGCCUGUUUUGCCAGCUUGGCUGCUGUGACCAGACACUGAUCAGGCCUGGGUGGGGAGUUGGAUGGGUCCUGACUCCCCUGCCCUCCAGAGGCCCCAUAGAGGGUGCAUGCAGCCCUAUGGAGCUGGGGCAGCUGUCCCCUCCUAGAGAGGUGGGAGUCCUGGCUGGCUGUGGAGGGAGCGGGCACAGAGUGACACAGGGCGGGCCUCUGCUGGCAUGGCCCCACCCUCCUGCAUAGCACUGAUGGAGCGAGGUGCCCAUAGGGCUUCUGGAAUCAAGAGCCUUAAACUGUGGCUCCAUGGACUUUGCAUGUCUGCUGGGGGUGCCCCUGGACUGCCUCCUUUCCUGCCCACCCUGCAAGGGCAUCGCCAGCCUUCCGUCAGCAAAGUGGGCACAACCAUCGUGACACUACUCACCAGCAGGUGGCGUCGGGGGCUUUUUCUUCUGAGCCCCACACUGAGAGUUGGUCUGAAGCUGGCUCCUGCUUCAGGGCUCAAGGAGUGUGGCCCAGGGUCCCUUCGUGCCUCUCAGUUUCCCAGGCUGCCACCGUCUUAUCCGGGAAGAAGAGACAUGCUAACACUCCUGCCUCCCAGCUAGGACAGAUGACAAUCUGCAAGAGCCCACAGACUUGCCAAUUCCUUCCCUCUUUCCUUUCUUUCCCUUAUUUAUUGAAUCAUAAUUUAUUGAGCAUCUACUAUGUCCCAGGCUCUGUUUUCAGUGCUGGGGAGACAGACGUGAAUGAGACAGAGAUCUCUGCCCUCACAGGUCUGACAUUCUAAACAGAUAGUUGGAAAAAAUACACGAUAAAUGAGUUGGUUAAAUAGCGAUUCAUGCUCAGAAAACGCAGGGACCGUGAGGGAGCAGUUGGAAUUUUCAGGGGGAUCUCACUGAGAGGGAAACAUCUGGGGAAAGAGCAUUCCAGGCAGAGGAACAGCCAGUGCAAAGGCCCUGAGACAGAAAUGUGGCUGCCCGGCGGGGUACAGUGACACACCUGUAAUCCCAGCACUUUGGGAGGCUGA